GGAGUCGUUGGGUUGGAAGGAGAGCGAGUGGAGGGCGAGUUGGUUGGCGGUAAGCUGGCCGAUGCACUAUUGGCCUUAGUUUGAGGUUUCAGGAGCGGGCGGUGGAGAGCGACGCCAGAGCGAUCGUCCCGUCUCCACGGGCAACCGCCCAAACACAAAACUGAGAGACAUCCUAUCCUGUCGACGCGGCAUAGAGAUAGCAGAUUCACCUUCUACCGUGGAUGCUCCCUGACAACACCACGAUCCCGCCGCCAUGCUGGCUCUACGCGACCAGGAGAACUUGGUGCACGCGCACCAGACCACCGCCGCCGCGAAGCCCUUGAAUCAAGGAACUAGAGGAUUACAGCCCAAGACGCCCGGCCUGAGAAACCAGAAGACGCCAUUCAAGAUCCCCCUGAACGACGAGAACAAUGCAGGGCUCUUUGGGAAGAAAGGGAAGGGAAAUGAGAAUCGCAAUGAGAAUACGAUCAAGCCGGGCAAGGAUGCCUUUGUCACCCCGCUGGGGCCUCGCAAUCGUGCACCGCUGGGGAUGAAAACUACCAAUGCCAAAGCCAAAGGACUUCAGACGCCCGCACCGCCUGCGGAGUCCGCCAAGAAGACGAACAAGAGGGGUUCAACGGGUCAGAAAGCGAAGAAGGCAGCUCCGGUUGUGCAGCCAGCAAGGACAGAGCUGCUGGGCAAUCUGACGGAAGAUGAUAUCCCCGAUAUCGAAUAUAUGCCACCCAAGCCGCAAGAGUUGCCUGAUUUUCCUGACGACAUCACUUAUGAUACUACCUUCCCCCAGUUCCAAGGAAAGAAUAUCGCGCUCGGAUGGGAGAGGGUGUACGGGAACGAGGAGGUUGGCCCGGACGGUCUGACCAAGAGGGAGCGUAAAUUUCAGGAAGACUCGAUCGCGUACGACAAGAUGGUGGAUGAAAUGAUCCAGAAGCAGGUGGAUGCCAUGCCAUUGUUGGGAAUCGACGAAUUCCCUGACGAGCCGUGCCUGGAAGAGAUCGAGAAGCAACGAGAAGAGGAGCGUCGUGCGAAAGAGGAGGCCAGCAAGAAAAGGCACACGAGGAGUGUUUCAACCAGGAGCAUUUCGACGGUGAAAUCUCGCGAGGCUGCUGCAGCUCUUUCGCGCCCCUCUUCGUCUCUCUCAAAGGGAAAACCAGCUACUGCGCCGAAAUCGCGGCCAACAUCUGCCCUUAGCACGAGGAGCAAGAAGACUCCGGCCCCCACCAACCCAUCGUCUAUGCGCCAUACUGCCGCUGCCGUCAGCUCCAGGACCACUGUUGGUUAUUCCAAGGGCAGAAGCGUGUCGUCUUCCCUCAAUGGCAAGACCGCCAAAGCCGAGACAACCCGUCCGGCGUCGAGCAGCAUCAUCUCUCCAACCACGUACACGGGACUUUACGGACCUCCUCCCGUAGGCAGCGAAAUGUGGAUGCGCCGCAAGACUGCUGAGUACUGUGCGCCAGAUGAGCCGGAGGAGGAAGUCAACGAGAUUCCCCCCUUCUACGAGGAGGACGAAGAGACGCAGAACUUCCAAUUGACCCUGUAAUAAUCAUUGAUGUGCGACAAUUGCAGAAUGGGUGUUUCGGGGUAUGGCCUGUCUUGGACGAUAUGUUUCAUUAGGUAUACAGUAUUGGGUGGACAUGGUAUUUUUUAUUGCAUCGAGCUUCCUGGGGUGCUCCGGGCGUUUACUGAGCAAGAGCAAGAUGUCACUGGCGUUCCUGGAGGCUACAGGAAAUAGCAACCUUGGGUCCAGCAAGGUAGAUAUCAACAGGGCGAAUAAAUGAUAGCAUGUAUCAAGCUACAAACAAAGCUUUCCCACGGAAUCAG